AUGUCUGCCGCGGCUGCCUUGCUCUCAGAGGCUGCUCUUGCUUGCAAGGCAAAGAUGCAGGCGGCAGGUGUGAGCGAGACGUGCAUUCGAACCUUCCUGGCCCAACAUGACGUCAUCAGCAAGGGAGAAACAGGCAACAUCCCUGAGAAAAGUAUUUCGCCUGUGGAGUCUCUUGACUCGCUUGAGAACCUCACCGCGCCUGUGGACCGUUCUCUACUCGAGCACGUGGUGCUGCUGAAGCUCAAUGGCGGCCUUGGCACCGGCAUGGGACUACACACGGCUAAAAGUCUCCUUCCCGUCAAGGACGGCAAAACAUUCCUUGACUUCACUGUACUGCAGGUGGAGCAUCUUCGUAAGGCUUACAGUGAGCGCCUGCGUUUCAUGCUGAUGGACUCCUUUUCCACAUCCGCUGACACGAAGGAGUACGUAAAAAAAUACCCAUGGUUAUUCGACACCUUUGACGCAGAGGUGGAGCUGAUUCAGAACCGUGUGCCAAAAAUUCGCCAUGACGAUUUUUUCCCCGUUAAAUAUGAAGCGGACCCAUCAUGCGAGUGGGCUCCACCGGGCCAUGGAGACCUUUACACGGCACUCUAUGGCAGCGGUAGGCUGGACGAGUUGAUUCGAAGUGGGUAUAAAUAUAUCUUUGUGUCCAACGGUGACAACCUGGGGGCGACUCUGGAUGUGCGUCUCCUCGCCUAUAUGGAGACACACCAGUUGGACUUUCUCAUGGAGGUCUGUCGGAGGACGGAGUCCGAUAAAAAGGGUGGCCACAUUGCAUACCAAAGCGCGCUCCAUGCGGGUGCCACGGCGCCCCAGCGUCGUUUCAUCCUUCGUGAGUCGGCGCAGUGUCUAAAGGAGGAUGAGGCGUGCUUUCAAGACAUCGAGAGGCAUCGCUUUUUCAACACGAACAACCUGUGGUUGAAUCUUGUGUCCCUCAAGAAAGCGAUGGAAAGCCAGGGUGGGAUACUUCCGUUGCCUGUGAUUCGCAACGCAAAGACCGUGAACCCGGUGGAUGACGCCUCGACAAGGGUGUAUCAACUGGAGACGGCGAUGGGUGCGGCCAUUGGGUUGUUUAAGCACUCCGCAGCCGUGUUGGUGCCACGAGAGCGUUUUGCGCCCGUAAAGACGUGCUCGGAUUUACUUGCGCUGCGGUCCGACGCCUAUGCUGUCACGGAGGAUCAGCGGCUUGUUCUCUGUGAGGAGCGAGCCGGCAAGCCACCGACGAUUGAGCUCGACAGCAAGCACUACAAGAUCAUCACCGGGUUGGAGGCACUGGUGAGGGGCGGUGUGCCGUCGCUGCGGCAGUGCAAAAAGCUCACCAUUCAGGGACCCGUGGUGUUCGAGAGUGGCAUUGUGGUGAAGGGUGACGUAACGAUACGCAACAUGACGAAGGACCCUCUCACGAUUCGGCGCGACCGAGUCCUGAAUAAUGAGGUGGUAGAGGCGUAG